CACACACACACACACAGAGAGAGACAGUGUUACACAGCGGCCUCGCUUUCUGCACAGCGAGAUAAAGCGAUAGUGAGCAGCGUUCAGGAUACAGGAAGCGGAAAACAUGGAGAAACAGGCGUGUUCAGGCUCCGAGAAUCCCGCGAUACCGCCGAGAAAACCGCGGAGUCUGGGAGUGAACAUCGCCGCUCGGCAGGACAGCACCGACUCGGCGGACAGCCCCACAGGCUCUCAUGUUGAAUGGUGUAAACAGCUGAUUGCUGCCACAAUCUCCAGCCAGAUCUCAGGCUCCACAAUUCCUGAGGUUGUAAGCCGUGAAGGCAAGAUUGGGUGGAAUCUAGAGCAUAGGGUAUCCAGGAGGCCUAAUUUGAGGCAAGCAUUUAAAGACAUGCAGAGGCCAGUUCCCACAGAAGAAAUUCAACUUGUCCCUGGGGAGAGCGUUAAAAUAACUGCUAAAGAUGUGAUGUAUAUCUGCCCGUUUACCGGAGCCGUGACUGGCACGCUCACGAUCACCGACUACAAGCUUUACUUCAUUAGUCUUGAAAGGGAUCAUCCCUUCGUGCUGAAUGUGAAUUUGGGUGUGAUAAGUCGGCUGGAGACCAUCAGUGUUCAGAGUCAUGGGGAGAACACACAGGGACUGGAAAUUGUCUGCAAGGACAUAAGAAGUCCUCGGUUUGCCUAUAAGAAGGAGGAACAGAGUAACGUAGAAAUUGUGGAGACACUUACCAAGUGCGCCUUUCCUCUGUCCAAUGAUCUGCCUCUGUUUGCUUUGCAAUACAAGGAAAAGUAUCCAGUGGAUGGAUGGAAGGUUUAUGAUCCAGUGUCAGAGUACAAGAGAAUGGGUCUUCCCAAUGAAAGCUGGACUAUCAGUAAGAUGAACAGUAACUAUGAAGUGUGUGACACAUACCCUGCUCUCCUGGUCAUCCCAACUAGCAUCAAAGACGACGAGCUGAGACGAGUGGCAUCUUUCAGGGCUAAGCAUCGCAUCCCGGUACUCUCUUGGAUCCAUCCUGAGAGUCAGGCCACGAUCGUGCGCUGCAGUCAGCCUCUGGUGGGCCCCUCAGACCGCCGCUGCAAAGAGGAUGAGCGCUACCUGCAGACCAUCAUGGACGCCAACGCGCAGUCACACAAGCUGACCAUAUUCGACGCAAGGCAGAGCAGUGUCGCUGACACUAAUAAGGCUAAAGACGGUGGCUAUGAGAGUGAAAGUUUUUAUCCCAACGCAGAGCUGAAUUUCCUGGAGAUUCCCAACAUCCAUGUGAUGCGAGAGUCUCUGCGCAAGCUGAAGGAGGUGGUCUACCCUACCAUAGACGAACUUCACUGGCACUCUGGCAUAGAUGCCACACAUUGGCUGGAGUAUAUCAGGCUGUUAUUAGCAGGUGCAGUGCGUAUAGCAGAUAAGGUGGAAUGCAGUAAGAGCUCGGUGGUGGUGCACUGCAGUGACGGCUGGGACCGCACGGCUCAGCUCACCUCCCUGGCCAUGCUGAUGCUGGACUCGCACUACCGCACACUCAGGGGCUUCCAGGUGCUGAUCGAGAAGGAGUGGAUCAGCUUCGGACACAAGUUCGCCUCGCGUGUUGGCCAUGGAGAUGAGAAUCACGCCAACUCCGAACGUUCGCCCCUCUUUGUGCAGUUCAUCGACUGUGUGUGGCAGAUGAUGAGACAGUUUCCUUCUGCCUUCGAGUUCAACGAGCUUUUUCUCAUUACGAUCCUGGACCACCUCUACAGCUGCCUGUUCGGUACCUUCCUCUACAACAGUGAGCAGGAGAGAAUGGAAAAGGAAGUACAGAGUAAAACGAUAUCCCUGUGGUCCUAUGUGAACAGUCAGUCAGAGGACUUUACUAACCCGUUCUUUGUGGACUAUAAAAACCAGGUGCUUUACCCCCUGGCCAGUCUCCGGCAUCUGGAGCUCUGGGUGGGUUACUAUGUGCGCUGGAACCCACGCAUGAGACCACAGAUGCCUGUGCAUCAGAAUUUGAAGGAGUUAUUAUUUUUGCGUUCCGAGCUGCAGAAGAAAGUGGAAGAGCUCCAGCGAGAGGCCACAUCCUCACGCUCCUUGUCCUCAUCCUCAGAGCAUGCGUCAUCCUCCUCACAUGGUGGUACACCUCUUCAUACUGCCGUCUGAAUACACAUACACACACACACACACUUGCACAACAUGUAUUUAGGAGCACAUACUAUGUUUACUCAGUGAAUACACUCUCGUGCACAAGUAGGGAGUGGGUCAAGUUGUAGUUGGCAAAGACAGACAGACAGAUAAACACACACAUUCCUUUUUGCAAUUUUAACUGUUUAACUAAGUAACCUUGUGUCACAUUUUACAAUAUUUUUUUUUAUAAAUUGUGAAAUUUCUUGUAAAAAUAGUCAGCAUGUGUGCAUGAAGUCAUUGUAUUCCGAAGCUAGUGUUUUAUUGUCUUCCCUGUGGUCUCAUCCGCUCUUCUGUGCCAAUCCCGUUUUAUGUUUUAACGUGUAAAUGCACCUUUUAGCUACUUGAAGGUUUUUUUGUUUUUUUAAACGAGCCAUUUUAUUAGUUACUCUGUGUUUUAAUAUUUAAAUUACAUUUUGUCAUCAUACUGAAGAUUGAUUAAAUAUUUGACUAUUAUUUUCUCAUAAAUGUAUCUUUCAGCCUGUUUAUUUAGGAAAGCACUGAAUAAAUCGUACUAUUUUGUCAUGUAUUAGUAUGAAAGUGUUGACAUGAUGAUUUGGAGGUUUAGGCCAGAUCAAUUCCUGUGCUUUAAGGACUUUCAUUAGGAAUGUUUGCAGAAAUGUAACUCAUUGUAAAAAGUGUUGUCUGGAAGCAAAACAGAGGAAUAAGGAUACGUGUGGUAAAAUCCGUUUCCAGGGUUGAGGGUUCAAAUCCCACCUUCAGUCCUGUGAAUGUAGUUUGCAUGUUCUCCCUCUGCUUGGUGGGUUUCAUCCCGGUUUCCUUCCUGCCAGUCCUGAAGACAGGCAAUGUAGGCUGGCUGUCUUUUCUAAAUUGCCCAUUGUGUAUGAUUGUGUGUCUGCUCGAGUGUGACUCAACUUGUGACCUAGAUAGUCUCCAGGUGCCCCAUGACCCUACACAGGAUAAGUGGUGUAAAUAAUAGAUGGACUAAUAAAAGUCUUUGUUUUGCUUCCAUACAUCCUGCUCUGUAAAAAGGUUAUGAAGGUCCACUGGCGUUUUUUUUUUUUUUCAGGGUUUUUUUUUGUAAUAGAUGUUCAAUGUAAUAGAAGGUGAGUUGUUUGUGACUCAUCAGUGCAAUUCUAAAUCGGGAGGAAUGUUACACCUUCUUAACAGCUAUCACAUUUUAGCUACCUACCUUACUUAUAAUGCACCAAUACAGGUUCUUUUAACUUUUAUCCACAGGGUAAAAGGGUGUCCCUGAAAUGACAGUGGCACGGUUGGGUUGGUGGUUAAAGUGUUGGACUGUUAAUCAGAAGGUUUAAACUGGUUUAAACCUGAGCACCACCAAGCUGCCACUGUUGGGCCCUCAAACAAGUUCCUUACCCUUCAAGUGCUUAGAUGUAUAAGAUGAAAGAUCGCUCUGGAUAUGAGCGUCUGCCAAAUGGCAUAGUAAAUAUAAAAUGUAUUCCGUAACUUAAGAAAGGGAUCAUAAAUAAAGCAAACAUUUAAAUGUUUGAUACAAUCCAACAAAUUGUGACUGUAAUCCUGUUGGAAACAAUAUUCCAGGCUACAUAUCCAGUGAGGACGCAUAAUUAAGCCCCCUUCACAACCUUUACACAUUGUACUAUGUAUUUUUAUGCUCAUUCUCAUUCUAUACACCCACCAGUCAUUUUAACAGCACUUCCUGUCUUUCAGUUUGUUUAUGCACUUCUCCAAUCAUGUAACAGCAGCACACAUGGCAUGAGAUUCCCUUAAAAUGGAUUGUUGGAAAAACCUGCUCUCUGUCUGUGCAGCCUCAGACCCUUGGGGUCAUAAGUAGAAUCCGAUGAGGGUUUGAUGCUUUUUAAAGGUUUGACAUGCUGUAUAUUCUGACAUGUAAAACCAGCCUGGCUGUUUUCCUCUAAUCUCUCUGAUCAACAAGGUGUUUCCACCCCAAAGCUGUCACUUACUGGAAAUUACUUCUUUACAAUUCAGUGUAAAUUAAAUCUCGAGAGCGAGGUUUGGGGGAAAAAAAUCAUCAGUUUCUGAAAACCUUGAACAACCCCAUCUAGUACCAACAUGGUUGAUGGUACUGGAUUACAUUUUUUCUAUUUCUGGUGUUUGAUGUGAACAUUUACUGAAGCUCUUAAUCUGAUACCUCUUGAUAUUGAUUUUAUACAACAGUUCCACAGACACAAGUUAUUAACAGAUUAUGAUUUAUUUAUUUAUUUAUUUAACCAGUUAUUUUGCUGGCAAAGCUGGGACUGAUAGUAUAAUUAACAGAAGUGAAAGUAAUUUUGCUCCACACACCAUGUAGUGCCCUUGAUCAGGGGUUAGAGAGGGAUUUGGGAUUCAGCCUUAUAUUAGAUUAGCUUUGUAGCUCACAUUAGAUGCAAAUAAAACAUGGAAAGUUACGAGACAAUUCAUAACGACUAAGAGGCAAUUACUAGAUACAAAGUGUUGUUUAAGAUGACAUAACAUUAUUAGAUUUGUUUUCUUGCUAAAAGUGCUCCUGCGACUGGUUUUAAAUGUGUGUUUUGGCAGGCAGCUGCUCUCCGCUCUUUCCAGUACCGUAAACCGCACCGGCUUUUAUUUCCCCCAUGCUGCGACCCACAGUUUGUGUAAUUAAUGGUCUUUAAAACCCCUGUGAUGAUGAAUGAUGCAUAUAGUUAAACGUCCCAGUGGUGUUAUCGUCUGUCAUCACCACCUGUUACUCAGUUGUACAAACUAAUGCUUGUAUAAAUUUAUAUUGUGGUGCUGCCACAUGAUUGGCUGAUUGGGUAACUGCAUGAAGCAAUACAGUACAAGUGAUUCGUACAAGUUCACAUCAAACUACCGUUGAAUUUUUUUUUUUUUUUGGGGGGGGGGGCAAUACUUGAUAAUGUUCCUGAGUUAUUCCUGAUCUGU